UUGUAGCCCAAGUCUUCUAUCAAGGUGUUUUGUGUCAAGAGAAACCCGUGCAAUCCCUUGCUGAGGCCACAUCCGUAUUGGAAGAAGCUCGAGAAAGCCCUGUCUGCAAGGGAGCAAUGUGUAAACAAGAAUUCAAGCCGCUUUCCUCUCGGCUGACCGCACAUCAUCGAGCUGAAGCAAACACUGCUGGACGAUCCGUGAUCAGCGUACGCUGCUUCGGAAAAGUUUCUUCUGAAGGCUCAAGUUGUGCAGAAUGCAAGUCCCUUAGGAAAGCGUUACUGACAAGAAAGUCGUACAUUAACUGUCGUGUACACCUGCCUGUAAAGAAAACCCUUUCUUCACGACUGACGCAACAAAAGAAGAAGACAGCACGUCUUCAAAAUCAGGCAUGUGUGCUUAAGAAAAAGUUGAGUGUCAUGCUUGCCAAGAAUGUGGCAAUCGCAGAAGAAGAUUUCAAUGCAAAAGUAGCUCUCCUACCAGAGAAGCAGCGUGAGGCAACUCUCCACAUAUUCAAAGCUUCUUCACGGAAGAGUACUAAAGGCAUGAUAUUUUCAAAUGAGUGGGUGCUCGAAUGUUUGAUUAUGAAGCUGAAAAGUGCAAGGUUGUAUGAGCACUUGAGAAAAGAAAAAAUCUUAGUUCUCCCCAGUAAGACUACGCUUCGCAAAUAUUUAAAAUGCUACAGAACUGGGUUUGGAUUUAGCAAUAAAAUCUUUGAUGUGCUGAAGCAAAAGACUUGCACUAUGGACGAGUUUUUAUGCCAUGGAGGACUCAUCGUGGAUGAACUGAAACUCUCGGAGCACCUCUCAGUGAACAGUGAAGGCCGCAUUGAUGGCUUCGUUGACUUGGGACAGUUUACGUCUGACAAAGAUAAGCACAGUGUCUGUGAUCACGGUAUGGUGAUAAUUUUUGUGCCCUUUGUUGGCAAAUGGACGCAAAUACUCGCUGCAUUUGCGACUCAUGGAAACAUAAAUGGGAACCUGCUGACGAAGAUAAUGCUUGAAGCCGUCAUUUUAGCUGAGAAGGCCGGACUCAAGGUUGAUUUCAUUACGUCUGAUGGUGCCACUUGGAAUCGGAAAAUGUGGUCUGUGAUGGGCAUCAAAGCAUCACUGACAGAAACGAAAUGCAGCACAUUGCAUCCAGUGGACCCAACGCGCAAACUCCAUUUUCUGUCGGACUUUCCUCACUUAAUUAAGUGCCUGAGGAAUGGACUACUAAGGUCGGACUACGAAACACCUGAGGGCCGGGUAUCUUUACAAUUCGUACGCAAAGCUUUGGAACUGGAUGGUUGCAGUGUCACAUUGCAGGCAAUGCAUGGAAUCACCGGAAGCCACACGAACCCCAACAAUUUUGAAAAGAUGAGAGUAUCUUUAGCUUUUCAGCUUUUCGGAGAAAAAGUGAUUCAUGGUCUGCAGCUGUACAAGUCAGGAAUUGAAGAUACCUGUGGUGACAUCACAGCUACACUAAAGUUUUUCAAGAUCAUCCAUGACCUUGUGCAAAUGAUGACUUCACGAUUUCCAGCUGAAGCGCUGCGCCCAAGUUCAGCAAGUGUUGAGAAGUUGCGAUCGUUUCAGGAGUAUCUUUCAUCAUGGGAAGACCACACGAAGGGGCAGAAAGGAUUCCUGAGCCAGUCAACAGCAGCUGGGCUGCGAGUGACAGUGUCAAGUGUGCUUUCUUUGCUUCAGUAUCUCACUGAGAAACUAGGCUACAGGUACUGUUGA